AUGUCGGCCGCAUCGGCAACAAAUGGAACUUUGGCUGAACCUAAAAUGGACAAUCGGAGUGAAUCCCAACCUCGUGUGGAGCAGAAAGCCCCGGAGGAUAAUGCUCACCCAGAUAGCAAUGAGGGAACGGGACCGACGAACGCCCCUAUAGUGAUUUUGAUUUUUUGCAUAUCUUGCAUCACUUUCUUCAGCUCCUACCUUGGUGGCCUUGCUACUGUGUCUGUUCCACAGAUUUCAUCCGAUUUACACUUGAGCCCUGGAAUGGAGCUAUGGCCAGUUCAGAUGUACACUCUAGCUACCGGAUGUACACUGCUCAUUUCUGGCGCCAUGUCGGACGCGGUGGGCAAUAGAGUACUAUUUUUGUUGGGGUGUUUUCUCCUCCGCAUCAUCUCCAUGGCCAGCGGUCUUGCGCGAUCGGGUACCGAGCUCGUUAUCUUCCGAGCUAUCUCUGGCGUGGCGGUAUCGUUCUGCUUGCCAUCUGCCAUGAGUAUCAUCGCGGAGCACCUUCCCACCGGGAAGCUCAGAAAUUCCGCUCUUGUUUUGAUGGGCUCUGGUCAGCCAAUUGGUUUUGGGGUCGGACUCAUUUUCGGUGGUAUUUUCGCCGACACUGUUGGCUGGCGCUGGGGCUUCAAUAGCGCGGCCAUUGCCAACGGUCCGGCUUUUCUCUUGUCGUGGUGGCAGCUGCCCAGGAACAAGGAAGGCCGAAGAGGCGUGUUGUGGACUCGUAUGGUGUUUGGCAUUGACUGGGUGGGAGCUUUCAUUAUAAGCCCUGCAUUGGCUCUGUUAUCUUAUGCUUUAGCAAUUAUAACCGAUGAUGUAGCCAAUAUUCAUGAAGCGGCCACCAUUGUGCUCUUAUGCCUCUUUGGCGUCCUACUUCUUGGCUUCGUCCUGUGGGAAGGCCGACAGGAGCGCCGCUCUAAGCCUACCUUGAUCAAGAAUUCAUUGUGGAAGCAGGCUGCCUUUACAUGUAUCUGUGUAAUUGUCUUCAUGAUUUGGGGUUCCUUCAACGCUUUUGAACAAGUCGUUAACUUUUUUUUCCAAGAUGUGCAGAGAUUGUCUGUGCUCAAUACUUCAUUGAGAUUUAUCCCGGUCUCCGUUGUUGGCUUUGGGGUCAGCGUCAUCACAGGCAUGAUCUUGCAUCGUGUCCGGGCUAAUAUUAUUAUCAGCAUAGCUACGGUCAUCUCCUCUUUUUCUCCACUUCUCAUGGCGCUCGUGAAUCCAGCGUGGACGUACUGGCGCUAUGUAUUUUUCGCCAUGUGCAUGAACCCUGUUUCCGCAGACGUUCUUUUCACCGCAUCAAACAUCAUCAUUGCGGGCAUGUUUCCCGCUGAGACUCAAGGUCUAGCAUCUGGGGUGUUCAAUACCGUCUCACAAAUCGGCAGAACCAUUGGUCUGGCUCUGGUUGCCCUAAUUUCUAAUAGCAUCACCGAAAGAACAUCUUCAGCAGAGGACAAACAAAGUCCAGAAUCUUUACUGUCAGGAUACCGUGCAGCGUUCUGGUUUCUAUUUGCAAUGAACGUGUCUAGUUUGGUCGUCGCUCUUGUUUGGUUGCGUAAGGUCGGCAACGUUGGAAAUGGAAAACAUAUAUGA